CCCAACUUUCUGUUUUGAAAAUAAUAAUAUUUUCUUUUGUAUCAAUCGUUUGUCAAAAGAAGAGAAAAAAGUAGAAAGGAAAAUAUAUUUUAUUUGCAUCAUCAAAGAUCAAGAGAAAAAUAAAUUAGAAUUUAGAAAUAUCUCAUAUUCAAUUCAAUCAAAAAGAAAAAGUGCAAUGUGUCUUAUUUGAAGGCCUCGUUGUGUUGGCUUGUGCAAUUUUAUUUUAAUUAUUAAAUAUUAGGUUGUAAUUUUGUGUUAGUUUAAUUGGAAACAUGACUAAUGAGUCCACAGAGAAUCCCAAUCAUAAAAAUGAAAAACGAAAUUGGUUCCAUUCAUUGUCCCGUCGUAGAAAAUCAUCAACGUCCACCACAACAUCGAAUUCAACAUUACAAAAGCAACAAAGUCGAGAUGAAGAUGCUGCUACUGCCAAUGCUGCUGGUGGUGGUGCAUCUGCCUCGACUCCAGCAUCAGCAGCAACUUCAACACUAACAUCCAGUCAAGAAUCUUCGGUAGAGGAUAGCAUCAACAAUUCGACCAAUUCUGGAAAGGAUCGCAGCAAACGCAAAGACGAACGUAAAAAUGUUUUCCAGAGAUUCAAGAAACGCAUAGGAAUUAAUUUCUCAAUGCGCCAAAAGAAAUCCCAACCCGAUACAUCGAUAUCUUCCAAUUCGAAUUUCAACGAUGUCGUCGAGGGAAUAGUUUGCUAUCCCAACGAUUUGUUGCCACUAUCGGCAUAUAAUCCGGAUCCACCCGAAAUGAUUCCAUUCACACAUCAUUAUCGGAAGUUUGUGAAAAAGAAGUGGCGACAGAAUUUGGUGAUGUACACAGCUUGUUCGGAAAUGCUUGGGCAAGUUUGGUAUUGGGGAGAGAUUUCGCGCCGUGAUGCCCAGCGACAGCUUAAAGACAAGCCAAUUGGAUCGUUUCUGGUUCGUGACUCGGAAACCGAAGGACCAUCCACUUACUGGUACACAUUAAGCUUCCGAAUUCUCAAUUGUACACUACACUACAGACUUGAAUAUCGCUCCAAUUACUGGCACUUUGAGGAAUUGAAAUACCCCUCCAUUGUCGAGAUGAUCGAAGACAUCCUGCAUCGUUGCACAAAAGAUCAUUUUGUGUGUUAUGUUCGAGUUUCCAAUGAAUUACAACCGCCACAUGCCGUUGUUCUGAAACAUCCUUUAAGUAGGUACAUAAGCAUAAUGAAAUUACAAGAUCUUUGCCGCAGUGUAAUACAACGACACGUACCGAUCGAUGAUAUACAAGAGUUACAAAUUCCUGUAAAACUUCAAGAGUAUUUACGUGAGAAACGAGAAUUAGUAUUUCAAAGCUCCUAAGUUUGUUUUUAUUCGUAUUUAUUGUUUGUUCAAGUUAUAUAACUCAAAAAUAAAAUAAGUUUGUUAUUGAUUAUCUUUUUAAGCAAAAUAUUAUUCUGACAAACCGUUUUUAUUCUAAAUUUUAUAUUUGCAUAUUUACAAUUGUUUCAUAAACAAGAAAAAAAAUUAUAAACAAAUAUUUAAAAAAUGUUUUCAUGUUACUCUAAAUUUAAUGACAGAACGGCUCCAUGUAGAAGUGUUAGAAAAUUGUUAAUUUCGUACAAACCGCAUUUGGUUUUGUGAAUUUGUUAUAGCAGAGAUUUAUAUAAAUUUAUGAAUAUUUAAUGCAAAAUUAAAAUUAAAAAAAAUAAACAUGUGUUUGUCUUGACUCAGCACAAAGGAUAUUAUAAAAUAUUUACUCAAACCAAAUAUAUUUUCAUUCUUCAAGAAAAAAUGAAAAGUUUAAAUAGAAAAUUAAGUAUUUAUUCGUAAAUUAAAAAAAUUUAAGAUUGACAACAUUUAAAUCUGUAGUUAAACAUAAAUUAAUAAAUAUAUUUAAAAUACAACAAAAAUCUAUAAAAUAAAUUUACAAUAACUUAAAUCAAUGAAAACACGCACAAUUUUUCAAAGAAAGUUUAAGUAAAUCAAAAAACAAAAAUAAAGUAAACAUUUUUACUAAACAGUAUUUAAAUGCAAGAAAAAUAUAAUUAAAAAAAUAUUUAUUUUGAUACUCAGACAUAAAAAUUAAAGCAUAUAAAAAUCAAAUAAAACAAAUGUCUCUCUCUCCAGCAAGUUUCUUGCGUAUAAUGUUACCAUUUUGUAAUUUUUAAGACAAAAUAUUUAAAUAUUAUAAACAAAAACAGAAAAAACAAAAAACUUUUGAUCAAUUAUUGUAGAACUUAUUUUAGAUUUAUACAAAAAUAUAAUAUCAAAGAAAAAAUUAAUUGUAUUUGCAAAAUAAAACUUGGAUAGAUAAAAAAAAACUAUAUUAUGAGAUAUUGCGAAGAAGAUAUCUUUGUUAUUUAUAGAUUGCAAUAUUAUACACAAAAUAAAUUUAA